GCCGAGCCGGCGCGCGCGUUGCACGAGUGCUCUGUAAGUGGUGGUACUCUGCGAUACGUGCCGCGUGAAAGAUCGCGAGUGACGUUCCUUUUCCAGUGUUAGCGACGGUCAGAUAAUUGUGUCAGAUCGGAUUACCGUUGCCCUCACCACCGACAAACGGAUAAGCUGAUUGCUGAUUGUGAUGUGGAUGUUCAGUGAAGAAAAGCGCUCGUGCGCAUCAUGAGGAAGUUCAUGCGAACGCGCGCGGGGCACUCGCAGCAAGCACCCGGCGCUGCACCGCCCGCGCCGCCCGCGCUGCACAAGACAAACGGAAUAACGAACGGCGUGGGGACUGGUCCGCGACGCGACGAUCACCAUUCCACUUUAAACAGAUACUGGAACGAGUCGGACGAGUGCGGGGACGUAGGAAAAGGCGUGUCUGGUUCGGGCCUGGCUGCGGGCGGGUGCGCGCCGCUGUGGGAGGACCCCGAGUUCCCCGCUGCGGCCAGCAGCCUCGCGGAUCGCCGCUUUGCGCACCGCUCGCGUUGGCUGCGACCACACGAAAUUUGUUCGAGACCUCGUUUUCUUGGCGACACCGCAAUAGACGCGGAGCUGUCCACCGAGCAAUUGGAACCCGAGUCGGACGAGCAGUUCGCUGCCAGAUGGAGCGUGGAGGCGGGCGAGGCGGGCGACGCACACGUGUGCUGCGCCGCCGCCGCGCUGGCGCUCACGCCGCGCCUGCUCGCGCGGGUGGUGCCGCCGCAGAGCUUCCGCAGUCGCUACACCGGCCUCUUCAGGUUUCGAUUCUGGGUGUUCGGUGUGUGGCGCGAGGUGACAGUCGACGACCGGCUGCCGGUGCGCGGGGGUCGCCUGGUGGCGAGUCGCGCACUGCUGCCAGACGACUUCACGCUGCCGCUACUGGAGAAAGCCUACGCUAAGUUGCACGGCUCGUACGCGGCGCUGCGCGGCGGCAGCGUGGCGCGCGCGCUGCAGGAGCUGUCGGGCGGCGUGGUGCAGAGCUUCGCGCCGCCGCGCCAGCCGCGCGCGCUGCUGUACCAGGUGCUCAACUCCGCCGUGCCGCGCUCCACGCUGCUCGUCGCCACCGUGGCGCCGCCCUUCGGACCGACGGAAAAGGAGGGCCCGGGACGGAGACUGCGAAACGGCCUGAUCCCGGGACAGGCCUACUGCGUCACCGGGCUGGCGCGCGUGCGCGAGGCGGCGGGCGACGCCGACGGCGACGCGAGCGGCGCGCUCGUGCGCGUGCGCGCGCCGAGCGGGCGCGGCGAGUGGGCGGGCGCGUGGGCGCGCGGCGGCGGCCAGUGGCGCGCGCUGGCCGAGCCCGACCGCGACCUGCUGGCGCGCCGCGCCGCGCAGCCCGGACACUUCUGGAUGUCGUUUUCGGACUUCGCGCGCUCGUUCGGAAGACUCGAAUUGGUGCACGUCGGCCCCGACGACUGGCUGAGUGAGCCGGCGCUGCACGGCAAGCGGCCGUGGCGGGCGGUACUCGCGCGGCGGCGCUGGCGCUGCGGGUACAACGCGGGUGGUCCGCCGCGCUGCCGCGCCACCGCACACACGAACCCACAGUUCCACGUGCAGGUGCCGCGCACGGAGGCGGGCAAGUGCCACGUCGUGGUGUCGGUGACGCAGCAGUACGCGGUGGGUGCGGGCCGCCGCGAGCGCCUGCACGGUAUCGGGUUCGCCGUGUACGAGCUGCCGGCCGGCGCCGCCCCCCGCCGCGCCGCGCUGGCCGCUGCCGCGCUCCCAGACCUGCGUGCCCUCGACGUGACGCACGAGUCCCGCGCGCGCGAGGUGGUGACGUUCUUCACGCUGCCGCCCGGCCAGUACCUAGUGGUUCCGCACACGCACCGCCCGCACGUCGAGGCCGCCUUUCUGCUGCGCAUCCUCACGGACGAUCACACCGACGUCUGGGAGGUGAACGACGACAACGUCAUCAUUCGAGACAUCGCGGCAGAAUUCAUGGACGAGGGACGCUCCAUACCGCCAGAAUUGCACGCCGCAAUCGCGAAGACGCUCGGAAAACGCGAAUCGGAGGAGGUGGACGCGGCGGCGCUGCUGCGGCUGCUGCGGCGCGUGUGGCGGCGCGUGCUGCCGGCGCGGCCGUCGCUGGAGCUGUGCCGCGCGCUGGUGGCGCUGCGCGACCCCGGCGUGCGCGGGCGGCUGUGCGCGCGCGAGCUGCCGGCGCUGCUGGCGCGGCUGGCGCUGUGGCGCGCGGCGCUGGCCCCGGCGCGCUGCGGGCGCGCGCGCGUGUGCGCCUACCGCCUGCGCGCGCUGCUGUGGGCGUGCGGCGUGAGCGCGUCCAACAAGGUGCUGGAGUGCCUCGUGCUGCGCUUCGCGCGCGGCGCCUCCCUGUCGCCGGCCGCCUACGUCACGGCGCUGGCCCGCCUGCACCUCGCGCACGAGAGAUACCGCAGCCUCGACGCGAAGUUGAAGUCCAAUCCUCUCUCGCUGGAGGAGAUGAUCCUGAUGACGAUCUACUCGUGAGCGCAGCGCAUCGCGUCCGUUGUCGUUUAUUUGUUAUUUUUGUACUCAAUAGUGAAUUAUUAUUAUGUUUAUAAAAGGUGUUGUGUCGGGAUUUCGCCGGCAUAUCUUAAAUGUCGAGGUCCUCAGUCGACAUAAGUCUACAUACACCUAACUACGUGUGAACUCGUCAGUGGCCUUUAGUUUAAUUAAGUACAUUUUUUUAAAUGUAAAACUGUGAGACAGUCAUAAUGUUCUACACAUUCUCGUCAUAUACGACGUCGUCCAAACAGAUUUCAAUAUUUAUUACGCGAAUGUUAUCGUUAUAUAAAAAACAAAUAUAUUUAUUAUUUAUUGUACCGUUAGUUGAAGCGACAACCAAAGAUUCUUAGUGCCGUCCACUCGGUACGAGCUUCUAGUACAAAUCAGUUUGUAAUAAAGUAUUGUAUUUAUUAUUUUCAAAUGGCUAAACAUCUAAACUCUGCUCUGCUCGUUUAGUCAUCUUAUACACGUCUUAGCUGUUUUAUUGAUAUUAUUUACUACCAGUGUUGUUGAUGUAGAACAGUUUUUCUAAUUUUCGAGGUGAUAAAACUCAAAUUCAUAUUCAUUUGUAUUAAUUAGACAGCCAUUAAAUUGUUAUUAUAUCUCAUAUAUAAAAACUGUAACUUAGUAUUAUAUGUAUAAAUUUAUAGUAAGCCCAGUGCCUUUGUCAUUUUUGUAAAUAUCGCGCACAUACAAACAUACGGGGCAACAUAGACUCCUUUUCUUCAAGACGGUUAAAGGUGUAUGACGUGCGGAAAAACCAAUUCCAACAAAAUAUACAUGAUUAUAAUGAUGUAGUAACAACUUUAUUACAUGAUCCAUAAAUUGUGAUAAAAUAAACCUAUUUACCAAAUAUUAUUUAUUUAAUGCAGUAUAAAAUAGAUUUUACAUUUACCUAUAUAUCGAAUGCGAACGCGUAUUAAUAAAUGCUAUUAAAAAUGCUAAUUGUUAUUUCAUUUCGAGUACUUUGCCCAUAAUUUACGGACAGAGUAAAAUAUUACUACCUCGUUAACGUUCUUUAAAAUGUAUAAACACCAACAGGCAACCUCUGACAAUUAUAUUUCCUUAUAUUAUUAUUAUUAUUAUUAGAUACCAAGUGAAUGUAAUAACCUUAGUGGGUUUAGCCAUACAAUGGAUGUUUAUCAUACAUGAGUCAUAAAACAUUGAUAAAAUUAUCGUUUCUCUUAAAAGCAAUAUUAAAUAUUUAAUUUUACGUCUAUUUUACACUUUAAACUUUUGCGAUGUAUAAUAUUCAAAGCCCAUAUCUUACAUUCGGUAUAUUCGGGCUAAACACAAUCAUAAGUUUUUUAUAUUUUGCUUACAUUCAUAUUGAGCAAGUUAUUAUGUACAUUUUAAUAAUAUCCUACUACAAAGUUAGUAAUAUAUUCUAUUAUUAAUUAUUAUUAUAACACAUCAUGUAGCAUAGCUCCCAAGGCGGGCAAAGAUGAGGGGCAUCUUUAUGAAUUCUGUAUAUCCUUUUUCACAUUAAUAUUAAACAUUAUUCAUUGGUAUUUUUGUGUUUUUGGAUUUGGAUUUUAAAUGAGGUACCUAUCUGUUCAUUUUGAUAUGGCAUUGAAAAUUGAAAUUUUAUUAAUAAAUCUGCCAACUGAUGUAAGUUUACAUUAAUAUCAUAACAACCGGCGUACGCG